CGAAACUCAAGGCUGCUCUUACCCUCGCUGUCUUCUUCUGCAUCUGGGUGUUCCUUCUCACCCUCUCCAUCAUGGGCACCGGUUUCAAGCUCCUCGGAGGCAAGGACUCUGCCAAGAUGUUCGACGUCGCGGACAACCCAAUCUCUGCCCUCCUGAUUGGUGUGCUCGCCACCGUGCUCGUCCAGUCUUCCUCGACCACUACCUCCAUCAUUGUCUCCAUGGUUGGUGCCGAUGAGCUCUCCGUCAACAUCGCCAUCUUCAUGAUCAUGGGUGCCAACAUCGGUACUUCCGUCACCAACACCAUCGUCGCCAUGGGCCACUUCGCGAACCAGGAUGACCUCCGCCGCGGCUUCGCCGCCGCCACCGUGCACGACAUUUUCAAUAUGCUCAACGUCCUCAUCUUCCUCCCCCUCAACUGGAUCUACCCCUUCCUCGAGAAGAUGACCUACGAAAUGGCCAAGGACCAGAAGCCCUGCGAGGGUGACAAGUGCAAGAAGACUGAGUUCCUCAAGCCGUACAUCUCCCCGUACUCCAAGGGCGUCGCCAACUACGACAAGAAGGUUGCCGGAUACAUUUCCGAGAACUGGUGCGCGGGCCAGUGCGGCAAGAGCUACUCCACCGACGCCAUGAAGUUGAUCUCCGCAGAGGUCUGCACCUCCACCACGGACUGCUCCAACGUCCACAAGAACUACGAGUCCAACUGGAUGUCCAAGGGCUACCUCGCCAAGAAGCGCGCGCCCGCGUACAUCGUCGGCACCGCCUCCGGUCCCGCCGAGUUCCACUACUCGAAGCCCGCCUCCUGCUCCACCUCCACCAAGUUCUUCAACGAUGAGGAUGCCUGGACCAGCACCGUCGCGGGUUCCCUCGCCGCCGGUUCCUGCUACGAGGUUUGCGGUUCCAAGGUCAAGACGGGCCUCUGCGAGAAGCGCCUCCUCAAGGGUGGCCUCCUCCUCGAUGAAUGGGAGAUGACCGACAACGGCGCGGGUACCUUCCUCACCAUCGUCUCCCUCAUCGCGCUCUGCUCGUGCCUCUUCUGCAUCGUGUACAUGCUCCAGAUCAUCAUGAAGGGCGCCGCCGCACGCGUGCUCCAGAAGGUGGUUGGCUUCAACGGCUACCUCAACAUCGCCAUCGGCUGUUUCAUCACCAUCAUGGUGCAGUCCUCCUCCAUCACCACCUCCACCCUCACCCCCCUCGCGGCCGUGGGUAUCAUUUCCCUCAACGAUAUGUUUCCCCUCACCCUCGGCGCCAACAUCGGCACCACCCUCACCGGCAUCAUGUCCGCCUCCGUCGUCACCUCCAACCCCGUCAACGGCUGGCAAGUUGCGCUUGCUCACCUCUUCUUCAACAUCUUUGGUACCCUCAUCUGGUAUCCCAUCCCCAAGGUUCGUGAGAUUCCCCUCAAGGCUGCCAGGUUCCUCGGCCACUGCACUGCCCACCCCCAGUACGGCACCCUUUUCCCCUUCGCCUACAUUUGCAUGUGCUUCUUCAUCAUCCCCGGCAUCGCGUACGGCAUCGCCUCUGCGUAAACACUUAAGCAGCAUGACGAAUUCAACGCGUUGAUGUCCUCUCGACGACGACGCGAUCGUGGGAGUUCACGACCUUUCUCUUCACUUUGAAUCUAUCACCUAGUUAGCACAAUAAUUAUCUCUCCUUGUGACAUGAGAUGAACGGACGCAUC